ACCGUGCUUUGCGGCGGGGCCGGCCCGUCUUGCCCAGAAUCGCCCUGCAGCGAUCGCGCGUCUUUCCACCGAGGCCCCGGAUGUAGAGUCCCUCCCACCCGUUCAGUGGUCAUGGCCUCACAGUGACGCUGAGACUUGGGGCUCUCUCAUUGGCUGUAACUCUUCUACUGGAUUGGAAGCAAAAAAAGAGGCGGUGCACAAGGCGAACGGCGCCUGUGACUACAGCCAAUCAGAAGCGAGGCCGGGCUUUGGCUGGAGGUGGGAACACUGUGGCCAUUCGAAUUUGGCGCGAGCGCGGCUGUAUUUUGCUGCUGCCGGUGUGCAGUUUGUUCAGGGGCUUGUGGUGGUGAGUCCCUGAGCCUGCGUGUGAGAGACUUGAGAAGGAUCCUGCACUGAGGAGGUGGGAAGGAGAGGAUUGCUCGAGGAGGCCUGGGGUUUGUGAGGCAGCGGAGUUGCGUGAAGGCUGCGGGUUCCGGCGAGGCCCGAGCUGUGCUGCCAUCAUGCCUCAAACCCGAUCCCAGGCACAGGCUACAAUCAGUUUUCCAAAAAAGAAGCUGUCUCGGGCAUUGAACAAAACUAAAAACUCAAGUGAUGCCAAACCAGAACCGACAAAUGUUCAAGCUGUAACCUGUUCUCCUCGUGUAAAAGCCCUGCCUCUCAGCCCCAGGAAACGUCUGGGUGAUGACAACCUAUGCAACACUCCCCAUUUACCUCCUUGUUCUCCACCAAAGCAAGGCAAGAAAGAGAAUGGUCCCCCUCACUCACGUACACUUAAAGGACGAAGACUGGUAUUUGACAAUCAGCUGACAAUUAAGUCUCCUAGCAAAAGAGAACAAGCCAAAGUUGACCACAACAAAAUACUUUCUUCAGUUAGAAAAAGUCAAGAGAUCACAACAAAUUCUGAGCAGAGAUGCAUAUUGGAGAAAGAAUCCGCAUGUGUGAGACUAUUCAAGCAAGAAGGCACUUGCUACCAGCAAGCAAAGCUGGUCCUGAACACAGCUGUCCCAGAUCGGCUGCCCGCCAGGGAAAGGGAGAUGGAUGUCAUCAGGAAUUUCCUGAGGGAACACAUCUGUGGGAAAAAAGCUGGAAGCCUUUACCUUUCUGGUGCUCCUGGAACUGGAAAAACUGCCUGCUUAAGCCGGAUUCUGCAAGACCUCAAGAAGGAACUGAAAGGCUUUAAAACUAUCAUGCUGAAUUGCAUGUCCUUGAGGAGUGCCCAGGCUGUAUUCCCAGCUAUUGCUCAGGAGAUUUGUCAGGAAGAGGUAUCCAAGCCAGCUGGGAAGGACAUGAUGAGGAAAUUAGAAAAACAUAUGACUGCAGACAAGGGCCCCAUGAUUGUGUUGGUAUUGGAUGAGAUGGAUCAACUGGACAGCAAAGGCCAGGAUGUAUUGUACACACUAUUUGAAUGGCCAUGGCUGAGCAAUUCUCGCUUGGUGCUGAUUGGUAUUGCUAAUACCCUGGAUCUCACAGAUAGAAUUCUGCCUAGGCUUCAAGCUAGAGAAAACUGUAAGCCACAGCUGUUGAACUUCCCACCUUAUACCAGAAAUCAGAUAGUCGCUAUUUUGCAAGAUCGACUUACUCAGGUAUCUAGAGAUCAGGUUCUGGACAAUGCUGCAAUUCAAUUCUGUGCCCGCAAAGUCUCUGCUGUUUCAGGAGAUGUUCGCAAAGCACUAGAUGUUUGCAGGAGAGCUAUUGAAAUUGUAGAGUCAGAUGUCAAAAGCCAGACUGUUCUCAAACCACUGUCUGAAUGUAAAUCACCUUCUGAGCCUCUGAUUCCCAAAAGGGUUGGUCUUAUUCACAUAUCCCAAGUCAUGUCAGAAGUUGAUGGUAAUAGGAUGACCUUGAGCCAAGGAGCACAGGAUUCCUUCCCUCUUCAGCAGAAGAUCUUGGUCUGCUCUUUGAUGCUCUUGAUCAGGCAGUUGAAAAUCAAAGAGGUCACUCUGGGGAAGUUAUAUGAAGCCUACAGUAAAGUCUGUCGCAAACAGCAGGUGGCAGCUGUGGACCAGUCAGAGUGUUUGUCACUUUCAGGGCUCUUGGAAGCCAGGGGCAUUUUAGGAUUAAAGAGAAACAAGGAAACCCGUUUGACAAAGGUGUUUUUCAAGAUUGAAGAGAAGGAAAUAGAGCAUGCUCUGAAAGAUAAAACUUUAAUUGGAAAUAUCUUAGCUACUGGAUUGCCUUAAAUUCUUCUACACCCCACCUGAAAGUAUUCAGCUGGCAUUUAGAGAGCUACAGUCUUCAUUUUAGUGCUUUACACAUUCGGGCCUGAAAACAAAUAUGACCUUUUUUACUUGAAGCCAAUGAAUUUUAAUCUAUAGAUUCUUUAAUAUUAGCACAGAAUAAUAUCUUUGGGUCUUACUAUUUUUACCCAUAAAAGUGACCAGGUAGACCCUUUUUAAUUACAUUCACUACUUCUACCACUUGUGUAUCUCUAGUCAAUGUGCUUGCAAGUGUACAGAUCUGUGUAGUGGAAUGUGUGUAUAUUUACCUCUUUGUUUGCUCAAACAUGAGUGGGUAUUUUUUUGUUUGUUUUUUGUUUUUUGUUUUUGAGGCCGCAUCUCACCCUGUUGCCCAGGCUAGAGUGCAUUGGCGUGUUCUCUGCUCACUGCAGCAUCCGCUUCCCAGGUUGAAGCGAUUCUCUUGCCUCAGCCUCCCAAAUAGCUGGGAUUACAGGUGCCCACCACUGUGCCCAGCUAAUUUUUGUAUUUUUAGUAGAGACAGGGUUUUACCAUGUUGGCCAGGCUGGUCUUGAACUCCUGACCCUCAAGUGAUCCACCCACCUUGGCCUUCCAAAGUGCUGGGAUUACAGGCGUGAGCCACCACGCCCAGCCAUGAGUGUAUUUUGUUAAGAACUUUGAGGUUAGGGUAAGAAGAAUGAAAAUGAUCCAGAAAAAUGCAAGCAAGUCCACAUGGAGAUUUGUAGGACACUGGUUAAAGAAUUUCUUUCUUUUUGGAGUAUACUAUGUUCAUGGUGCAGAUACUAUGACAUUAUGGCAUUUUAAAGACUCGUUGAGUUUCUUGGGCACUCCCAAGGGCGUUGGGGUCAUAAGGAGACUGUAACUCUACAGAUUGUGAAUAUAUUUAUUUUCAAGUUGCA